AUGAACUACAUUCACAACCCGUAUCCAUUCCCCGGCCAUGCGGCGGUUCCGCUGGAUCAACCCGUGGGGUUUGACCCAGCCAUGGUGCAUCCGUCCAUGGUGCACCCCAUCGACGGUUAUCUCUACCCUCACCCACCCUUCGACAUGGUGGACUUCUACCCGCAGCCGAUCAUGGACUACGAAGAAUACGCAGAGAACUUGUCUCGCCCUCGGUUAACAAAGGAACAAGUCGAGACCCUGGAGGCUCAAUUCCAGGCUCACCCUAAGCCUAGCAGCAAUGUCAAGCGUCAAUUGGCAGCUCAGACUAACUUGAGCUUGCCCAGAGUUGCUAAUUGGUUCCAAAACCGACGAGCCAAGGCCAAGCAGCAGAAGAGACAGGAGGAGUUUGAAAGGAUGCAAAAGGCCAAGGCAGAGGCCGAAGAGGCCGCCCGAGGCAAGACAGAAUCUAUCGAUCACGCCUCGGAAUCGAGCCAGAACAAGACCCCCACAGAAGAGACCGACAAGACAUCCACACCCAGACCAUCGUCCAGCGUGACAGUGUCCGCGGACCGCACAAAGACACCUGCCCACUCUUCGUCUUCCCGAUCGAAGCACAAGAAGACCAGAAGUGAGUCGGCUCGUGAGGCCACUUUUGCCUCCCUGCAGAGAGCUUUGAAUGCCGCUGUUGCAGCUCGGGAACGGUACGGUGACGAAGCAGCUCCUCAGGGCGCCAACGACAUGGAUGCCUCCGUGUCUCCUACAAACUCCGCUACUACUUUCCCAACCGCCGGCAAGAGUGAUGCCUACAACGAUAGCCACACUGGCCAGAGCACUCUCAACACUCCCUUUACUGAAUGGGAAAGUGCUAGAACCUCUUCUGUGUCCUGGGCUUCAUCCCAAAGCCCUCAAGAGCCUUUUGGUUACAGCGGCUUGAAUGCCAACUCAUUCCCCGCCCAGGGUAUCGACAGCCCGCAUCAACAGGAUGCCCAGUACUCCCCUCGGGGGACAGAAUGGCCAAGCCAGGUGUCGUCAGCGGAAUCCCGUGCAGCCAGUGAUGCCGAUGCAUCGUACAACGCCAUGCAGUACACUUUGCAAUCCGACGUGCCCUUGUCGAGACGAGGCUCGUCCGACGAGCUUGCCGACACUCUGGAAGGCAUUGGCAUUGACACCACGGGAACUUCCCACGAUAUGUCGCACCUCGCCCACCAGGGAGACAGACUCUCCUGGAAAGAAGCUGGCAAGGAACUUGACCUUGCCGCUCGCAGGAAGCGCCCCAGGCCUGCUGCUAUCGGUACUUCGAGAUCGUCUUCCAUGUUGGCUGGCUCCAUGUCACCCACGACCAGAAUGCCCGGUCAUGGUGUGAGACAGACCAAGUCGGCUCAGAGUCUCAACUCUCGAUAUGCUGGUGUUCGCAAGGCAUCUGCUGCUCAGCGGUCACCUUUGAACUUCUCAACGUUUGCUGAAGCAGGUGCUCUGAACUCUACCAAGGCCGAGAUGUCUACCAUGCUGCAGCCGACCGUGUCGACCUCGUUGGCCCCCCCAACACCCCUGACUCCAGAGGAUUUCCAACAUCUGCUUCCCACUUCGCCUACUGAUGGAUACUGCUUGUCGGCCCAGCCGAACGCCCAGUUUUUCCCUACCACCCAGCCCAUGCAGAUCAACAUCGCAUCCCCUCCCGCCACACCCAUGGCUGUUGAUAUGAUGUCGUCAUAUCAAUACCAGAAUGUGCCUCCGCCAAUGUCAGCCCCUGCCCACUACACCUCCUUCCCGGAGUACACUACUUGUGACACGGCCCCCCUGACGGCUAGGAGCUGGGCAGAUGCACCGACCAUCCCUUCGCCGGAUGCAUCUUUUCAGAGCAGCUGCCAAAUCUCCCAGACGGAUGUUACAUCCAUGCCGUACGACCCGACUGACCAAAGUGGUCAGUCCGCUGACGGGUCAAUUGCGGGCUCGCCGUCCAUGGUCUACCAGACAAAGGACACCGGCAUGUCGGCCUCGGCUGAUGCGAAGCCUACUGAAUUCCUGAUUCAUGAAUUCCCGGAGCAGCAGGAAGCCCAUCGCUUUGUUGCCCAGCAGCUUCCUUCCCAAAAACCCAAGCACUACACAUUUGUUGACCAGUCAGGUCUCAAAUGA